AUGGACUCUGGCCAGACCGAGAUAGAGAGGGGACCGGAUCCAACCCUGAUGCCUCAGGCGAAUGAAGCAGCGCAAUUGCACUCGAGUACAUGUGAUGCCCCUGGAAAAUUUAAAAACAUUGCAAACCUUCCAAAGGAGAAUGCGACGUUCGCGUAUGCACCAAAUGUCCCUCCACCGAUCACUCGAAACUAUCCUGUUCUUCUCCAAGUGCCGUUGACAACUGCCACCAAGGUGAAACAACUGACAAGUCAGCACAAGUACGAGCAAUGGAAUUUUAACGGCACUGUCCCUGGCCCAUUCAUCCGAGCUCGGGUCGGGGAUGUGGUAGAGCUCUCGCUGACGAACCUUGACGAGACAGGCAAUCCACACAACAUCGACUGCCAUGCAUUUCUCGGACCUGGAGGAGGCUCCGCACUGACGACAGCGGAAGAAGGCCAGACCAAGACAGCAAGUUUUCGGCUCAUGUGCCCAGGUCUGUACUUCUACCACUGUGCAGCAGCACCGGUGCCAGUGCAUAUUGCGAACGGGAUGUAUGGGCUCAUGUACGUCCAGCCAGCCGAAGGAGAUCUCCCUCCGGUGGAUCGUGAGUACUAUGUGAUGCAGAGCGAAUUUUAUCACGAACCUCCUGAAAUAGAGGAAGAUGGAAAACCGUCAUCAACAGUGGAGUUUUCGUAUCCGAAUGCGCUGCGUGAGGAACCAAACGCUGUUGUCUUUAACGGACAUGAGGCCGCCCUGACACGAGACAAGCCUCUGAAAGCUUCCGUGGACGAGACAGUCCGCAUAUUCUUUGGAAACGCAGGCCCAAACCUUACAAGCUCGUUUCACGUCAUUGGAAGCAACUUUGAAAAUGUUUACCGUGAUGGCGACGUUGUGAGCCCUCCUGGGCGGUUUGUGCAAACAAUCAGUGUUCCUCCCGGCGGUUCGACCAUCGUCGAUAUGAAAAUGCUCGUUCCUGGGACAUAUACCCUCGUGGAUCAUGCCAUAUUUCGUCUUGACAAAGGCGCUGUGGGAUACUUGAACGUGGCUGGGGAAUCGAGAACUGAUAUUUACCUCGGUAAAGAGCCGCCCGCCCCUUGCGUCGGCUGUAAGUUACAUCCUUGA